AUGGCUUUAAGAAUUGCGAGUGUUAUCCCAAGGUUAUCUCGAAUUGCGGUGAGGUCGUUCGCUGCAGCGGCUACUACGCAGGCACAACCAGUUGAAACAUCUGAUGAACUGAGGCUUAUUUUCGCAGCCCCCGAUCGGUUAUCAGCUGCUGAAAGGUGUAUACAUUUUUUGAGACACCCUGUAAAUGCUUCAGUUCUGGUGAGCUUUAAGUUUGGAUUUCAGGCUUUCUUCAGUGGUACGGUUGUAAAGCAAGUCGACGUACCUACAAUGGCAGGUGUAGUUGGUGUAUUAGCUAAGCAUGUGCCAACACUCGGCGUUCUCAAACCAGGUGUUGUCCAGGUCACCGACCUAGAUGGCAAUGCCACGAAAAUGUUCGUCUCGUCAGGAACAUUCGCAAUGAACAUCGAUGGUACGUGUCAAGUGCUUGCUGAAGAGGCACUUCCUAUUGAAGAUAUUGAUGAAUCAUGUCAUAACUCUGCAGUAUUCACGACAAAGACAUUGCAGUUGGCUCGACGAGAAUUGGAAACGGCGCAACGACGUAUUCAAGAAGGUGGUAGUCAGGUGGAUAAAGCGGAAGCAGCGAUAACAAUCGAGGUUUGCGAGGCACUUAUCAAGGCUGCCACUGGACAGGUGUAA